GAGAGGGUCGUUCUUUGUUUACCAGCUACAGCUGCGCGCGGCAUCACGUGUGGUGAUGCCGGUUAUUCGAUUGAGCCGUUUGAUGGAACAACGUUUUUCAACGGAGAAAUCAAAGUUACGUGUGCAUACGUAGAGAUUAAUUGGCAUAAACUUUCGCAAAAAGACGCGCAAAUAUGGACACAGAAUGUAAAGCAGUGAUAAACCUUAUUAUCAACUCGAAAAAGUUCCAAAAGAUAAUGAAGCAGUCCUGCAUAGAGCUCACAUUGAAAAAUUCCAAGGUUGCUGAGGCCCUGAGAAAGCAGAGCAACAUAAUGUUCGCGAGCAAAAACCAUAACUCGCAGAUACAUGAAGAGAUAUGGAAAUACUACUCGAUGAGCAUCGCCUAUGCUCUGCACAAUUCGAAAGCAAUGGCCAUUGCCUAUGCCAACAGGUCGGCUAUACUGGCACACAUAGAAGAAUACGAGGCGUCUGUCAAAGAUAUCAAAAUUGCUGUGAAAAUUGCAGAUCACCCGACUCCCAUUAUCAAGUUGCUAUGCCGAAAGGCCUGGUGUCUUCAUCGCAUGGGUUCGGAUGAGAAAAUGUAUCCCGUGGCGGUGGCUAAGGCAAUGCUGAAGAACGUGAAGAACGAGACUGACAAGAAGAACUUAAACGAGCUAAUCGAAGGGACCAAGGUUUUGAUGGAUCGACCAAUGCAACAAAAAGAAACUGUGAUAGACAGAACGUUGCUAAAUUUAGAAGAACUGUACAAGAAACACGUUGUCAACGAUUUCUCAGCUGUGAAGAUAGAGCAUGACGAAAAGUGGGGCAGACACUUGGUUGCCACUCGAGACAUCAAACCAGGAGAAGUUAUUUAUGUGGAGGAGCCUUAUACUAAGUGUCUAACUAUUAAACAUCUACGUGCCUACUGCUCACACUGCCUUACCACUACCUGGUCAAACGUACCUUGUGAUCAUUGCUCUUGGACUAUGUUCUGCUCUGAGGCAUGUAAGGACUUAGCGUGGAAAAACUACCACAGUAGCGAAUGUCCAGUUUAUGUGUGUUCCAAGUCAGAUACUGACGAUACUUGCAAGCAACUAGCUAUUCGAUGCAUAGCUUUGGGAAUAAAAGAAGCUGGAUCAGUGGAAAAUCUCAAAGCACAAAUAAAGUCUUUUGAUGAGUGCCAGGAUGUGACCAAAGGGUUUUUAAAGAAUGAGAAAAUUCAAAGCAUGGGCUUUAUGAGCAUCUAUGCUUUGUCUAAAAAUAUUUCACUUGAAAAUCUUCAAACGCACCUAGAGAAUACUGCCAUAGUGCUGAGAGCUCUGGCCGAACAUACUACAUGGCUGGAAGAGAAAUGUGAUUUUAAUGACUGUAAAAGACUGAAGAAAAAUGAGAAUGCAAUAUUCCUUGCUGCCUUAUUUCUAACACUCAGCAAAAUUGCUCAUGUAAAUAAGCAUGAAAUGUGGAACAGCAGUUUUUGUAGAAAUAAUCUGAAGAGGCUAGAAUGUUGGAAAAACGAGUGCUGUUCUAGAGGAGUUUAUCUUGCCCCCAUCACAGCAUUGCUCAAUCACAGUUGUGAUCCAAAUGCAAGGAGAUGCUACAGUCUUGAUCACAAAGUCAUUGUUUAUGCAACAAAACCCAUUAAAAAGGGAUCACAAAUAUUUGACUGUUACCAAGAAGAGUUCUAUGAGCGAUGUAAAGCUGAGGAAAGAUGUAACAUGCUUUCUUCCACAUACAACUUUGAUUGCGACUGUAAAGCCUGUACACAAGAAUGGCCGAAUUUGAUAGGUCUUACAAAAUUGUACAAUUUACAUGACAAACAUAAGCCAGUAGAAAAAUUAUUGUCAUUGGAAUACAAGAACAUCAUACCAUCAACUCUAAAUCGAAAUAGAGUAUACACAUAUGAGGAACUUCUUCACGUAGCCAAUGGAAUAGAUAAGACACUGGUCGUCCUUGAUCAACCUAGUUUCUUGACCACCAAUCUAAUCAUUUGCUUAAAUAAAAUUUUCGACAAAAUGUACGGCAUCAAGUUGGACGUCACGCGCAAGUGCAAUAAUCAUUGACCGAUCACUUUUAAAUAUUUUAAUUACCAGUUCUCAUACUGAUUAUUUUAAGACAGUUGCUUAUUAAUUAAGUGUGCAUUUGUGAUAAUUUAUAUUUUUGUACUUUUUUACAGAUAAUAAAUCGAAUUUUUUAUUAA